AUGUCUUCAUCUAGCGGACGUGGGGGGGCAUCAAGAAGUGUAACUGUCAUCAAUGGCAAAAAGACCUUCACGGUGCUUGAGAACAACCCGGAAGUUAUGGAUGCACUCGCAGCAAAACUUGGUCUCUCACCGGCCCUCAAAUUCUACGAUGUCUAUUCACUUACCGAUCAAAACCUGCUUCAAUGCAUUCCUCGUCCCGUCUACGCUCUUCUCGUUAUCCUCCCACUAACUCCUGCUUGGGAAGCGCGCCGAAAUGCAACAGACAUGGCACGAGAACCUUAUAAGAAGGCUGGCCCUGAUGAGCCUGUACUCUGGUUCAAACAAACAAUUGGUAAUGCCUGUGGUUCUAUUGGCCUCCUUCAUUGCCUCUUGAAUGGUCAGGCUAGAGAAUACAUCCUUCCCGAUACCAUAUUAUCUCGACUUCUUGUUGAAGCUAUGCUUUUGCACCCGGAAAAACGAGCAAAUUUGUUGUACAACGACAAAUCAUUCGAAGAGGCUCACCAAUCUGUUGCGGCACUAGGUGAUACAUUACCACCUAGUCUAGCAGAAGGGGAACACCUGGGUCAGCAUUUUGUGGCUUUUGUGAAGGGAAAUGAUGGAUAUUUAUGGGAAUUGGAGGGAUCUAGACCAGGUCCAAUUCGUAGGGGAAAAUUGGAAGAAGGUGAAGAUCUUUUGAGUGAGAAUGCAAUAAGGCAGAGCAUUGGAGGAGUUAUUGAUUUGGAUCGAAAGGCUGGCGGUAGCGAUAUGAGGUUUAGUUGUAUUGCGCUUGCCAAGGACCCAGCCGUGUCUGUAAGUUUGCCCCCGAGCGUUUAUCAUCCUCACGACGGUUAUUCACAUGGAGGGGAUGGGAGAUCAUGGCGUGGAAUUUGGGACCCAGCCUAUGUCUUUGAAAAAUGGUCUCCACCGAAGCAACGGAGGAGCAAUUGA